AUGGGCAAGAAGAAGGUCUCCGCUGCCUCCUCCUCCUCUGCGCGCAAGCCCGCCAAGGGCAAGGGCAAGCCGACCGGCAAUUCGUACGCGCGCCGGGAGAUCGCCGCCUGGGAGGCCGACGUGGUGCCGCCGGCGCUGCGCUUCGAGCUUCAGCGCCAGUCGCUGCGCGUGCGGCACCUGCACGACCAGCUCAUCUACGCCGUGCCGUCCUUCCUGUCGCGCGCCGAGUGCCAGCGCGUGCGCUCCUUCGCCGACCAGGAGGGAUUCGAGCGCGUCACGCAGCGCGCGACGAAGGACUUCGCGUUCCGGGACAACGACCGGCUGCUGCUGCGACUGCCGGCGUUCGCGGAGCUGCUGUGGCAGCGCCUGCAGCCGCACGUGCCCGCCGAGUACGAGGGCAUGCACGCCGUGGGGCUCAACCCGGCCAUCCGCUUCUACCGCUACGUGGAGGGGCAGAGGUUCGGCUGUCACGUGGACCAGAGCGACGUGGAUCGGGUUACGGGCUACCACAGCCGAUUCACGGUGCUGGUGUACCUCAACGACUCGAAGGACUCGAACUUGCUGGGCGGCAACACCAUCUUCUACGGCAACGAGGCUGGAGCCAAGGAGGAGGAUGUUGUGCUUAGUGUGGCGCCCGAAACGGGGGCGGCAUUGGUGCAUGGACAUGGAGACCGCUGUCUGCUGCAUGAAGGAGCGCUCGUGACGAGAGGAGCCAAGUACUUGUUACGCACCGACGUCAUGUACUCGAGACUUAAGAAGUAA